AUGGGCUGGGACUGCGAGGAAGACAAGCAGGACGGGCAGCUAAAGCCGCAAAAGCACAUUACGUUUGAAGAGGCGAGCCUGAAUGGGAGCGACGAGGACGACGGAGCUGUUGAGGUCACCUUCGACUCGGGAAGUCCAUACCGGAGGAAGAGCUCGCUCGUCACGUCCGAAGCCCCUGUCCCCACGACAAAACGCACCCAGCCGAGCCGCCGUGCUGAAUGCUUUGUCCAUCAAUUGAUCGAGGACCAGCGGCGAUCCACAGGAAGCUCGGGUACGAGCUCGCCCAACCGCAACCUUCAUCAUGCGCAUCCGAUAUAUACGCAGCACGAUGGAGCUGUUGACAUCAGUGGGGAGAAGAGGAUGGACAAAGUCAUUGAUCGGAAGAGCCCCGGCCACGAGCAGAAAUGCCGAGUAGUCGUGGACACGGACGGCCUUGACGACGAUGACGGCCUCGGGCAGGUUGACCAGAAGGUCUGGACCAAGGAGAUGACCAAGACUGAUUCCGAGACGGAUCUCACUCACCAUGACGAAAACCUCCAUAGCCGUAUGUUGACCAAGAAGCAGCUGAGCGAUAUGGCGUGGGGGGUCCGCGAACUGAGCAGACGGCUGAGCAGCAUGCGCAUCCGCUUCCGGGUGAAAUCCAUCUUUCUCCUGACAAAAAUUCAUGACUCGGACCUGAUUUGCAACACGAGAGCGCUGGCGCAGUGGCUGCUCAGCAAAGAGAGAGAUGUCAAGUAUGUCGUGUACGUGGAGAAGAUUCUCAAGACCAACAAGAGGUUUGACGUCGGGAAAUUGGUUGACGACUUGGUCCACGACUAUGCCAAAGAGAGCGGCGUGAAUGAAGCUAGUGCCCGAGAAGAUAUCCAGAAACGCCUGCGGUACUGGGACGAAAACAUGUGCAGGACACGGCCUCACCAGUUUGACUUUGUCAUCACUCUCGGGGGGGACGGCACUGUGCUAUACGCGAGCUGGCUUUUCCAGAGGAUCGUGCCGCCGGUCCUGAGCUUUGCGCUGGGGAGCCUCGGGUUUCUGACAAAGUUUGACUUUGAAGACUACAAGCCAAUCCUCAACUCGGCGUUUUCAAAGGGCGUGACGGUCAGCUUGAGGCUUCGGUUUGAGUGCACUGUCAUGCGGAGCGUGCGAAGGAAGACGCCCGAGUCUGAGUCUGAGGAGGAUGGCGACGAGACGCACUAUAAGCGGGAUCUGGUGGAGGAGCUAAUUGGCGAGGAGAAUGAGGAUGAGCGGACUCAUCGGCCGGAGGGGACGUUUGAGAUUCUGAAUGAGCUCGUGGUUGAUCGAGGGCCAAACCCAACCAUGUCAUUUACGGAAAUCUUUGGAGACGACGAGCACUUCACUUCGGUGCUCGCAGAUGGCAUUUGCGUAUCUACACCAACGGGCUCGACGGCUUAUAAUCUCGCUGCCGGUGGCUCCUUGUGCCACCCCGAAAACCCCGUCAUGCUCGUUACAUCCAUCUGCGCACACACUCUGUCCUUUAGACCAAUUAUCCUGCCCGACACCAUAGUUUUGCGAGUCGGCGUCCCUUACAACGCCAGGACGGCUUCAUGGGCCAGCUUUGACGGGCGAGAGCGGGUGGAGCUGAGCCCUGGCGACUAUGUGACCGUCAGCGCGAGCAGAUAUCCAUUUGCCUCGGUCCAGACGGAAGGACGCAGGAGCGAGGAUUGGAUCAAUAGCAUCAGUGGAAAGCUGGGAUGGAACACGAGGCAGAAGCAGAAGGGAUUCAAGGAGUGGGAUGGUUGA